AUGCCAACUCUGACAAACCAUUACUAUGCAUUUACUCAUAGUUUAGUGGAAGCAAUCAUAACUGAUGAACUUGCAGGUCAUUCACAAAAUAAACAAUUAAGGCAAUUCUCACCCGAACCUGAGUUUAUACCUGCAACUACCUUCCGAAGUUCUUUGUUAAUGAUGCUUUCUCAAGAUGAAAUAGAUGAAUUAUUUGGAGUCAAUCAAUAUUAG